GGUGUUCUGUGAGUGGGAGGUGGAAGGUGCGUGUGCGGUACAGGGAUGGCUGGAGUGCGUUCCAGGAGGCGGACAGUCGCUGAAGGAGAGACCGUCGGACGCAGCGAGCGGUGAACGACGCAACCAGGAUGAACCACCAGCUCGUCCCGCUUAGCCUGCUGCUCCUCAGCAUCUGUACAGCACAUGCAGCCAAGUGUCCCCAGCAGUGCAUCUGUGACCAGAUCCAGCUCACCGUGGCCUGCGUCCACAAGAACCUGACGGAGGUUCCUCCCACGAUCGACGAGAUCACGGUGAAACUGGAUCUUCGAGGGAAUGAGAUCCAGGAGCUUCCAUCCGGGGCGUUCAAACACACGCCCUACCUGACUCACCUCUCUCUGCAGCGAUGUGACAUUCGCAGGGUGAAGGAGGGGGCUUUCCGGGGCCUGGGCCGCCUGGUCUUCCUCAACCUGGCCAACAACAACAUCGAGAUCCUCUACCAGGAGUCGUUCGAUGGCCUUUCGUCACUGAAGCAGCUCAUGAUCGACCACAACCGCGUGGAGGAAAUUCAGCCGGGAGCUUUCUCUCAGCUGGGCUUCCUGAACCUGCUUUCCCUCACGCACAACCAGUUGGUCUAUAUUCCCAACCUGGCCUUCCAGGGUUUACAGAACAUCAAGCUGCUUCGUCUCGGUCACAACUCCCUGAACUACCUUGACACGGAGGCGUUUGCUGGUCUGUUCACGCUGACCCAUCUCAGCCUGGACCAUAAUGAGCUGCAGUUCUUCCCCACUGAGACCAUGACUAGACUUCCAGAGGUGACCCGCUUGGACCUGAGCUACAACCCCAUGACCUACCUGGGGGAGGAGGCCGUGUCCAUGGCCAAGCUCACCCACCUCCUCUUUAACCACAUGUCCCUGCAGGACCUGGCUAGCACGGCUCUAGCCAAGUGCCCCAGCCUCACCCACCUGGACAUCAGUCACAACCAGCUGCGAGUCAUCCAGCCCUUCGCUGAAGGUUCCCCCAAGCUCGGGCGCCUGAACCUGGCUGGGAACCCCAUCUACUGCAACUGCUACCUGCGUCCGCUCAGGGAGUGGGCCAUUCGUAGGAAGGUGAAGCUGCUCGGGACUUGCGGAGGACCAGCUCAUCUCUCUGGAGAAAGCCUGGAGGCCCUGCACCCUCCGGAGCUGCGCUGUCAGAGCUGGGAGGCCAUGCUGAAGGCCGAGUUCGAGGAGGCGACCAGGAUUGUUCCCCCUCCCACAGAAGAGCCAGCGAACAAGAUCAAGUGUCCUGCUAACUGUGUCUGUGAGGCUGAAACCCACCACUCCUCUUGCGAGAACCGCGGUCACACCAAAGUUCCCCGGGGCUUCGCUCCCACUACGCUCCUCCUGGAUCUGCAUGGCAACCACUUCCACUACAUCCCUAGUAACAGCUUCCCAGGCGUUGCCCAGGUUGUGUCCCUGCACCUGCAGCGCUGCAAGAUAGUAGAGGUUGAGGACGGGGCAUUCGCCGGCAUGAAGGGCCUGAUCUACCUGUACUUGUCGGAAAAUGACCUUACCUCCCUCAGUCCGAAUGCAUUUAAAGGGCUGCCUCAGCUAACCUACCUCUACCUAGAAAAGAACCGCUUCACCAUCUUCCCCAAAGGAGCCUUCAAACUGGUGCCCAGCCUGCUCGCACUUCACUUGGAAAACAACAACAUGACCAGGUUGGACCCGGGCGUCCUGACCGGCGCCGAGAGCCUCAGGGCCCUCUAUCUCACUGGGAACGCCAUUGCUCAAGUGUCCCCUAGAGCUCUGGACCAGGCCCGUGACCUCGACACGCUCCACCUGGGUGGAAACAGGCUGAAGGACGUUCCCACCGACGCACUUAGCAGAGCGGGGAAUCUCAGAGACCUGAGGCUGUCUGGGAAUAUUAUCCGUUGGGUGGGACCCAACGCGUUUCGUCCGCUGGAGCGCUCGCUGAAGGAGCUCUAUUUGGAUCAUAUGGGACUGGAAAAGAUGUCACACAACGCCCUGGCCGGCCUGGGUCCAGGAUUGAGGAGUCUCUUCCUGGAGGGCAAUCAGCUAGAGGAGGUGCCUGACCUUCACACCUUCACCUCUUUGGAGGUCGUCAACCUGGCUGACAACCCUCUGAUGUGUGACUGCCCCCUGCUGCCACUCCGACUGUGGAUUGAGAAAGUCAACCUGAAGGUGCGAGCCACUUGUGCCAACCCGCCUGAGCUGAAAGGGCGCCGAGUCAAGGACGUACACGUCUUCAAGGCCUGUCCUGGAGGAGAAAGCCUCCCCUCUGCCCCUACGGCAGCCCCAAAGCCCCCCAGAGCAGCCAGACCCAGGUCAAAGCACGCCAGCAGCCUUCAGCGACCCAAAACACCCAAAGCCCAAUCCAAACUUCGCAGGAGCCCAAAUAAAAAAGCAACAGCAGCAGAGAAGAGAGUCACAGCGAGACGCGCCGUGGCCUGAACCUGUUGCUUUUAUGCUACAGGAAAAACGGAAGCCGUUUUAUUGAACCAAGGUCAGUCGCACUAUUAUACCAGCACUUAGUCAGCAAACAUAGUCAUCUCUGCCUUCGUCACAUGAACACUGGGCUCCUGCUCCCAUUAAAGACAGGUCAGCUGCUCAAAAGCCUCUUCAGCUCUAUGAAUAAAAGACAAAUGAACUGUUCAAAUAAUCAGCUCAUUAUAAAUUUAAAGACUGUGGUUGCAAUUCAUUGGACUUUUAUUAAAACCACGUAGCUUAAUCUGAACAAUAGAUUCAUGAUAAGUAGUAUUUCUGGCACAGUAGCUACACAAGGACUAGGUCAUAGUUGUAUAAAACAAAGCCAUCGUCAUUGAGUGUUGUCUUCUAGCACAUAGGUCUCGUCUCUCUUAUCUUCCUUCUCCUGUUGUAUCAUGCUCUGUAUUACUUUCCGACUCGCUGGCGUCACUCAUUUGCAUCUCCUCCUCUUGGUCCUGUUCAGUUCCAUCAUCUUCGCUCUGCUCCAUGCUGCUCACAGUGACACUGUUCUUUUCCAGUUCACCUGCAUCUUUCCCUGUCUCUCUCUCAUCACGUGAUGCCUGAUCCUUGCUAGUUCGCGCUGGCACUUCGUAGUCUCUUCUCUUGUUCUGCUCCUCUGUUUCCUCCUGUUUGAUUCGACUCACGCAGAGUUCUUGAGGGUUGUUUGGAGGAUUAAUAAUCUCCAUCUCAAUUUCUUCGGCCUUCACCUGCACCUCCAUAACUACAGGUGACAAUAAAGAUCAAAUUACAGGGUUGUUCGAAAACUCGACUGUCUUUUUAUUCUGGAAGGCAGAAUAAACUACUUACUAUCCUGUUCCUCUGGCUCAGUUUUGGGCUGAAUGAGGGGCACUUGUGGUUGUAGACUGCUUUCUACCAAUUUUUGAGGAUUGUCUGUGCUGAUGACCUUGGGUCCCUGGGUAGCAUCAGCUUUACUUUGGUCAUUGGACAGUCUCUUCCUUGUAUACUUUUUUUCUUUAAAAUAAAACAGAAGGUAAUGCAUCACAACAAAAGAAAAAAUAUAUGUAUAUUGUAAUGGAACAAGGCAAGACUGUAUACAAAGGACAUACUCUUUUUCCCAUAUAUAAAGUGCUUGUAUUUCUUGAUCCGUGCCUCUUGGUUUGCGGCUAAAUCAACAGGAAAAUAAACUUUAGCACCCGC